AAAUUCCAUGUCUGUGUAUAUCAUAGAGUGUACCUAUUUUGUUGUUUAUGUAUAUUAUUAUUUAUUUAUUUACUUUAAAGUCUGAUGUCGAACCUUUAGGCUUUUUUCUUCAAUCGCUGAUACUUGCUAUUGACCGUAGUAGUGUUAUGUAGUAAACUUGAAAUUUAUUCUGGUACUCUUUGUCUGUAUGUAGAUUAAAUUAUACAAAUAAUACUGUAGUAAUUACAAGUUUAAACUGUUCAGAUCAUAGUUAACCAAAACAUUUAUAAUAUAUACAUCAAAUGAAGUUGUUUUAAAUUUUAAAUGUCUAUGCUUAUAUUAUCUAUAUAUCUAGGAUGUAAUUAUUACAAUGACCUAUCUGGUAUUCUCUUAACGAUAAUGUAAUGUUUUCAAACUGUUGAAGUGUGUUAGGUAUUAGGGUAUGAAAACGUUUUAAUUUUCGGAUAAUUUUUAAUUGUAAAUAUACCUAGUAAAGUUUAAGCAAAAAGCAAUGAUUUUAGAAGAUAACCAAAAUGUCAUCAAACCAAGGAAUAGUCGAGCAGCUCGGCCUAAAGUUGUUUAUCAAUGGACUGUACAAGACGUUCAAAAAUGGUUUCGACGUCAUUGCUAUGAUUAUUAUGUUUUAUAUGGAGAAAAGUUCUUGCAGCAUGAAAUAAUUGGACGCGCUUUAAUAAGAAUAAAUGAAAAUCAACUGUAUCGUAUGGGCAUUAUAAAUCCAGAUCAUAGUCAAGACAUUUGUCGUGAAAUACUUAAACUACGUCUUAAAACUUAUAUUUUAGAGUUUAGAGAUCUGGAACGCAACAAUCUUUAUGAUUAA